AUGCAGAGCGGAGGCUCAACAUUUACAAUUUGUAGUGAAGGGUUUACAAAUGUAGGACAGAUCACUGUUCAGAGGGUGGUCAAACCUUGCGAUGUACCAGAGAAUACUUCAACUGUUUGUGAAACACCGUACAAAAUACAGAAUCAAUCAAAUGAACAAACUAUUUAUGUUAAAUUUGAUGGCGUUACACUUCCAAUCAAUAUAGUAUAUGUAGAUGUUCCUACGUUCGAAAGGUUUUCAGGGGUCCUUGGAUAUGAUCAAGGGUCAUCUAUCAAAAUCAAGGGUAUAAAUAUUUUGAGGGGAGCACAUCGUGAAGACUACAGUGUACAUAUUGGGUUGGAUGGACUUUGUCUCAUUACUGAUAUAAAUAUGCAAUUCAUCACAUGUUUGCCACCGAAAUCAGUACCUCGAACUAAUAAAACAGAUGAAAAUACUGUUCACGUCAUUGUUGUAGUUAGCAUGAUCACGGCGUAUAUCGGUGACUUACAAUAUACAGAAGCUGACAAUAAGUCUUCUCUUGUUAAUGCACUUUUAACUGGUGGUUUGGUGACAUCGGUAUUUAUUGGCAUUAUGGCUGUAUUGAUUUCACGACGGAAUAAGAAAAUAGUUAUAAAAAAAUGCAAUAUGGAAAUGAGUAAAGACUUGUCUAAAAGGAGAAAAAAAUCAAGGAAAGAUAAUGAACUUGGACAUUUUGAGGACAGUGAGACGCCCUAUAGUGAAAUAAAUCCAGUUGCUGAAUUGAGUAGUUAUUCAAGUAGUGUUGGUCACCAAGACGUGAAUACUGGAUAUGAAAAACUCGGCCAUCGAUUGCCAAGGCCUACAAAUCCUUAUAACCAUCUACAACAAUCGGUUACCGACAAUCAAAUGCCAGACACCACAAAUAUUGAAAAUCGUACAAAAGAUUUAUUGGCUAGUGAUUACAUGGAUCUUAACAUUUAAGAUAAAUUAAACACAGUUUCAUGUCAGUUGGUAUCAUCAUUAUAACCUAUGUCAGCACUGUCACCAUUAAUUGUCAAUAUUUGUCAUCAUUUUCAGUUGGGUAGUGUUUUUUUUUUAUUGUUGUUAGGCGAAGGGAU